GACCGCGCAGGCGCAUUCCGCGGCCUGCCAGAGGGAGGGAAGGCCUGGUCGCCCCGCGCAAACCGCGGGGGCGCACAGGUGAGUCCCGACCUGGCGGCCCCGAGCCGGAGCAGUCUCCUCAUCCAGCUCUGAGGACUCAGGCCUGGUCCUUUCUUCUAGAGGCACAUGCCCAGGACCCAGCAGUGGCCACCAGGACCCUGAUGGCCGAAGACCAGGAAUCAGUGACCUUCAAGGAUGUGGCUGUGGACUUCACCCUGGAGGAGUGGGGCCAGCUGGGGCCUGGCCAGAGGGAGCUGUAUCGGGAUGUGAUGCUGGAGAACUACCGGAACCUUCUCUCACUGGGGGCGGGGCCUCCUGGAUCCAAACCUGAGGUGAUCACCCGUCUGGAACGAGGGGAAGAGCCCAAAAUGGAGAAGAGAGAAGCCCGGCAAGCUACCUGUCCAGACUUGGACACCAGCUCUGCAACCACUCAGGAGACACUUACGAAAAGGAGGGUUUCUGAAGAAGCCACUUCCCCAAUGGGGAAGAUGGAGGGAGUUUUAAGAGCAGUGCUUGGUGAUGCCAGACUGGGGGGAUCCUGGACAUGGAGCCAUUGGUUAGAGAACCAGGGAAAGCAAGAGAGGCAUUCAAGGUGUUUGUUUGCUACUCCCAAAGAAAACAUCUAUGGGGAGAGAGGCCUGGGCUGUCGUGAGCUUGGGCGGAGCCUCAGGCAGACCUCAGCCUUCAUGAGGAAGCAAAGAGGGCCUGUGGGAGAGCAAACUUGGAAGAGGAAUGGUCCAAGAAAGAGCCUGAAGUGCCAAAGGACCUUUGUAGAAAAGAAGCCAUUUAACUGCACCGAAUGUGGGAAAGCCUUCAUUUACCAUUCAGACUAUAUUCUCCACCAGAGAAUUCACACUGGAGAGAAACCCUACAAGUGUAAUGAUUGUGGGAAGGCAUUCAGCAACAGCUCUUAUUUCAUUCAGCACCACAUCAUUCACACAGGAGAGAAGCCUUACGUGUGCAGCGAAUGUGGCAAAACCUUUACACAGAACUCAUCACUUACUGAACAUCAGAGGAUCCACACUGGAGAGAAGCCAUACAAAUGCAAAGAAUGUGGAAAGGCCUUCACACAGAGCUCCUCUCUCAUUAAACACCAGCGGUGCCAUACUGGGGAGAAACCCUAUAAAUGCAACCAGUGUGGGAAGUUCUACUCACAGGUGUCCCACCUCUCCCGCCACCAGAAAAUUCACACAGGGGAGAAGCCCUACAAAUGUGGUGAGUGUGGCAAGGCCUUCUGUCACACAUCCUCCUUGACUCAGCACCAGACAAUCCACACUGGAGAGAAACCCUACAAAUGUAAUGAGUGUGGGAAAACCUUCAGCCACAGCUCAUCCUUGUCCCAGCACCAGCGAGUUCACACUGGAGAGAAACCCUAUGAGUGCUCCGAGUGUGGCAAAGCCUUCAGCCACAGUUCAUCCCUCACUCAGCAUCAGAGAAUUCACACUGGCGAGAAGCCCUAUGAGUGUAAUGAGUGUGGGAAGGCUUAUACACAGAUCUCCCACCUAAUGAGGCACCAGAGCAUUCACAUGGGGGAAAAACCCUAUAUAUGUAGUGAAUGUGGAAAGGCUUUCAGCCACACCUCCUCCUUCACUCAGCACCAGACGAUUCACACUGGUGAGAAGCCCUACAAAUGUAAUGAAUGUGGGAAAACCUUCAGCCAGAACUCUUCACUUACACGCCACCAGAGGAUUCACACUGGGGAGAAGCCCUAUGAGUGUAAAGUUUGUGGGAAGGCCUAUACGCAGAUUUCCCACCUUAUCCAACACCAGAGAAUUCACACCGGAGAGAAACCUUAUGAGUGCAGUGAGUGUGGGAAAGCCUUCAGCCGGAGCACCCAUCUUAUCGAGCAUCAGAAAAUCCACACAGGCGAGAAACCCUAUAAGUGCCAAGAGUGUGGGAAAACAUUCAGUCACAACUCGUCCCUCACUCAACAUCAGAGAAUUCACACUGGCGAGAAACCCUAUGCCUGUAAGGAAUGUGGGAAAGCCUUCAACCAGAGCAUCCACCUCAUUCAGCAUCAGAGGAUCCAUACCGGAGAAAAGCCCUAUAAAUGUAACAACUGUGGAAAAACCUGUACCCAGAUUUCACACCUUAUUCAACACCAGAAGGUUCAUAUGGGUGGCAAACGCUAUGUGUGUAAGGAAUGCGGGGAGGAUUUCAGCUGGAGUUCCCACCUGACUAAACACCAGAGACUUCACACUGUGCAUGCCGCCUACAUCUGUGAUGAUUUUGAGAAAGCCUUUGCGUGGAGCACACAGCUUGCUGAUUAUCAGAGAGCUGCUGACCAGAAAGCCUGAGAAGGGAGCAGAUGGGCAGCUCUGCUGUUGGGUUCGGUUCAGCCUUCAUCAACACCAGUAACUUCCUCCCAGAGAGGAACCCUAACACCAUAUAUUGAGAGAACCACUUUCUCUAUUACCUAUAAGGAGCUGACACAGUUCAUCACCAGCUGGGACAGCUUCUGAUCAUUUUAGGAUCUCCCCCUAAAAUCUCAGCCUCCCCCCAAUUUUUCAUUCUUACAGUGUCCCAGAGGGUUUCUGUGAACUUUUUAAAUUUAUUGAUCAUUCAUUAAAUCAGAGCUUGAAUAUUCAAAAAAAAAACACACAGCUGGAAAGAUUAACCCUUUUAAGUACAAGUUUAUGUAGCAGAACAUAAAUACUAGAUUUUAGUUUCCUUUAAAACUUGAAACUGCAGAUUUCAUGGUAAAAUCUGCAGUUGGCUUAAACAGUAUAUUCCACAUAUUUACAGCCAUUUUUAAAGGCCUAUUUUUUCUAUGUUUCCCACAUCCAAGAUUUAUGUUUUAUAAAGCAGUUGCCCUCUUAAACAUCAUUUUCUGUUUUUAUUCAUGCUCAAAGGGAAGUUUUUCUUUCAUCAGGUUUUCAUCAUAAAAACAUUGUAUUAAGAAAACAUGGUGGGGGAGGUGGGUGGCACUUGGGUGGCUCAGUUAAGCAUCCAGCUCUCAAUUUCAGCUCAGGUCCUGGUCUCAGGAUCAUGAAAUCAAGCCCUGCAUCGGGCUCUGCACUGGGUGUGAAGCCUGUUUGAUAUUCUCUCUCCCUCUGCCUCUGAACCCUCUCUCUAAAAAAACAAAAAACAAACCAACAAUAGUAUUUAUUUUUUUAUUAUAAAAAUAAUGCACAUACUUUUAUAACAUGAAACAUUUCUAAGUAAAAUAAAAUAUGCUCAUCAUAAAGAAUAAUUUGGAAAGUGAGAGAGGUAUGGAAUAAAAUACUAAUUCCUCAUAACCACACAGCCCAGAAAGUGCCAGUUAUUUUGUGUGUAUUUCUGGUUUUGUUUUACUCUGUAUUACAUAUUCAUAUUUUUUAUCAUAAAACAAAAGGAAAAUACCCUCAGAAAUCCUAUUGUUUUGAUAUUUUGGUAUUCUCUUCCAAAUAUCAUUUUCAGUUAUUUUUAUUUUUUUAAAGAUUUUAUUUAUUCAUGAGAGACAUACACAGAGGCAGAGACAUAGGCAGAGGGAGAAACAGGCUCUCCACGGGGAGCCUGAUGUGGGACUCGAUCCCAGGACCCCAGGAUCAUGACCUGAGCCAAAAGCAGAUGCUCAACCACUGAGCCACUGAGGCGUCCCUCAAAUAUCAUUUUUAACUACAUGUUAUUUUAUUUCCUGUGAUCAGAGUAUAGACAAAAUUUUGGCUUCUCUGAUUUGCCCCUAUUAUACAAUGAGCAUUGUCUUUUGUAAUCACAUACAUUUCAUACUCGUCCUUACUCAGGCUAAUGAUAUUUCAUUGGCAGGUGCAAAGAAAUUUACAAAUCCAUUCCCCCAUUAGGCUUUGUUCUAAGCCCCGAGUGACACAGAUUCACCAAUUCUCCCAAUUAUUAGGAAUGUUAUAAUGAACAUUUCCAUGCUUGCUUCCUCUCUCUUUCUGAGAAGAUUUUUUCUCAAAGUUGUAUUCCCAGGAUGGAAAUAGCAGGGGCAAGAUUCUAAUGAUUUUCCUGAUUAUGGAACAUUUUAUCAAAUUGCUUUCCAAGUGAGCUGGAACUAGUCUACCUGGCACAAGCUGAGCAUGAGACCACAGUUCCACUAUGUUUUUGCCAGCACUGAACAGCCAUAAUUUUGUCCUACAUCAAAUAUAAAGAAUGACUAGUAUUUUCAGUAACCUACUGUGUGCCAAGUACUGUCCCAAGCCCUUGGUAUGUAUGAAUCCUCAUUCUUUCAACAAUCGCACCUGUUUGGGGCUGUAUUGUCCCAUUUUACAGGUGAGGACACCAAAGCACAAGUUGGUGAACUGGCCAAAGCCUCACACCUUUGAGCUUGUGGAGUAUAGAUUCAAGCCCAGGGAGUCAGGCUCACAAGCUAUGCUCUGAACUUCUAUGGGGAUUGAACACAUUUCACAUAUAGUAUUUUCAUUCUUAAAAUAAUGUUUAUUAUUAUAAAAAUCAAAAUGUGCUUCUUAUAGAAAAUUUAGAAGAUCCAAGAAAUCCAGACAAUUUCACCUAAAGUUCACUGCCACCCAGAGAUAACCGUUAACAUUUGGAUAUACUUCUGCUAUUUUAUUUUAUUUUUUUAAUUUUUAUUUACUUAUGAUAGUCAUACACAGAGAGAGAGAGAGGCAGAGACACAGGCAGAGAGAGAAGCAGGCUCCAUGCACCAGGAGCCCGACGUGGGAUUCAAUCCCAGGUCUCCAGGAUCGCGCCCUGGGCCAAAGGCAGGCACCAAACUGCUGCGCCACCCAGGGAUCCCCUAGUUCUGCUAUUUUAAAAAUUAUAUAUAUUAUAUAUGCUUUAAUAAAUGUGGGGUAUACUAAAUAUGCAACUUGGCAUACUUCUAGUUUACUUAACUUUAUAGCAUGGGUCCCUAUCAUUAAAUAUCAUGAUUUACCCAUGUCACUAAAUAAUCUUUAACAACCAAAUGUUUGGGGAGGUUACAUAGUUUAUUCAUCCAGUGAAUUAGCUAAUCCCCAUUGGACAGUUUGGUUGUUUCCAGUUUUUUAAUUUUCUAAAGGUCCCUUCUACUAAAGUCUUUAGCUGAGCAUCCAACCAGUUUCCAACUGAAAUCCUGGCAGGGAAGUCAGGAGUCAAAGAAAGAAUGUUUCCAUAAUCCCAGAUGUGUGAGCCAAUGGCCUCCCAGAAGUUCUGUAUCCAUUGGCAAUGUGACUAGCAGAAGAUAGGUUCAUCUCACCAACAUCAUAUAUGGUAACUAUUACCAUGUUUAAAGUCUUCCCAGGUAUUUCUUUUAAUAUAUGAUUCCUUUCAUGGUUGACAAAAUACUCAUUUAUGGUGAAUAAUUCAGAAAACAAAAAUGAAAGCAAUGGCUCUCUAUAAAUCUUCAUUCCAAAGAUUCUAGAUAUUUUUCUGUGAAUAUGAACUUCCUUUUUGUUUUUAUGAAAUACUGGUUGUGUGUGUGGGUAUAUGCACACAAGUGUAUAUCCACAUAAAUACACACUAUACAAUUUAUACAGUAUAUGCACACACAUAUGAUUUAAGACUUUUAUUUUUUUAAGUAAUCUCCACACCCAACAUGGGGCUCAAACCCACAACCCCUGAGACCAAGAUUCUCAUGCUUCACUGACAGCCAGCCAGGCGCCCCCACACCUGUGAUUUUAGAAGUGACUUUUUUCACUUGUUAUAAUGUGUAUAUUUUCCUAUGAUAAUUUAUUUAUUUAUUUAUUUAUUUAUUUAUUUAUUUAUUUAUUUAUACACAUAUCCUUGUUUUUAACAAUUGCAUAAUAGUUCAUGCUAGGGUUUCUUGAACUUAUUUAACCAAACCCUAUUAAUGGACAUUGAGAUUGUUUUCUUUUCCAUCAUUAGACAUUUACUAUUUCACACUUGUGCAAGAAAUCUCCAUAAGAUGAAUUCCUAGAAAUAAACCUGUGGGACAACAGAAUGUCCACAUUUAAAAUUUUGAUAAUUAUUGCUAAAUAAUCCUCCAAAAAAAGAUGAACCAAUUUGCAUGACUCCUGGAAGUGUACAUGAAUUCCUAUUUCUCUGUUGCCCAACUUCCUUCAAAAAUCACUCCGUAUUACCUUUGUAAAAUAUUUCUAGGGGCGCCUGGUGGCUCAGUCAGUUAAGUGUCUGCCUUUGGCUCAGGUCAUAAUCUCAGGGUCCUGGAUUGAGCCCCACGUUGGCCUCCUUGCUCAUUGAGGAAUCUGCUCCUCCUUUUCCCUCUGUGCUCUCUCUUGCUCUGCUGUCUCACAAGUAAGCAAAUCUUUAAAAGAGUUUUUUUUUAAAUUUUUAUCUAAUAAGUAAAAGUGUCCUAUCAAUAGUGAAAUUAAUGACCUUUUAUGUGUUUAUUGAACUUUUGCCUUCAACAAAAAUUGCAUAUUUAUGUAUUUUCUCCACUUUUAAUUGGGCCAUUUUUUGUAUUGACUUAUAGGAGCAAGUCUUUAUGUAUUACAUAUAUUAACCCUUUGGUAUGUUACUAAUAUUUUAUCCCGGUUUUUUAUUGCUCUUUCAAUUUUGUUUAUGAUGUAUUUUUCUAUAUAGAAUUUUUAAAACUUAAGGUAUUCAAAUCUGUUUGUAUUUUCUUUUAUAGUUCUUGGACCUAAAUAUCAUACUAAGAAAGGCCUUCCUCACCCCCAAGAUUAUCCUAUAUUUUAUUCUAGUACUUUUACAACUUUUUAACAAUUAAAUUUUCAUUUCAUCUACA